AACAUUCUAGUCAGAAGUUGUUGAAAGUUUCAGGUCCAGUGGGUUUUAGGCAGUAUGAAUCAUUUCCUGAAGGUUUUGUCCUAAAAAAUCACGUGAAAUCCCCGAUUUCCAACCAUGGAGGGUCCCAUGAUGGGAGGAUACCUCUCUGUGCCAUCGCAAAAGGCUAUCAAAAAAAUCUGGAGCAGGCGUUACUUCCUGCUGUACCCCACCAGCGGUAGUGGCGUGGUCCGACUCCUACAGUUCGAAAGCCAGGAACAAGCCAAGAAGGGUCCAAAAGGGGCUAAGAUCAUCCCCCUCAAGGACUGCGUGGCCAUCACGCCGAGCGCCGAGCACAAAUCCCAACCCAACGUCAUCGAUAUCGUUUUUCCUGACAAGACUCUCUCCUUCGCUGCUGAGACGGAAAAGCUCCUCAACAAUUGGUACUUGAAGCUGUGUAAGGCGGUUUUUGGAGGGAAUUCUCCCAAUGUUGCUGACAGUAGCGCGGCGGCACCGCCCCCAUACAGCCCCCCACAGAUCCCCUCGUCACAGCCUCCACCCUACAGAGCCACAGAACCCCCUGAGGGAGCCACAGCUCAGGAGUACAGUGGCAUGGCAGACAACGUCAUCUAUGCCGCUCAAGAGAGUCUGUCGUACCAGGUGGUAGUGCGACUGACAGAGGCAGCACAGCGAUGUGACCUGGACGGGCCGUACCUGUUACAGGUGAACCCCACCCAUCUGUCACUGCAGGACCGACGUACUAACGAGGAACUCUACACCUGGCCUUACAAAUAUCUGCGCAGGUACGGCAGAGACAAGACCCAGUUCUCCCUGGAAGCAGGCAGGAAGUGUGCGAGUGGGGAGGGCAAGUUUGAGUUUGCCACCACAGAGGGAAACAGUAUCUUCAACAACGUGGAUGCCUUCGUCAAGGGGAGGGCGUCAAUCACAAUGGACGCUCCCAGUCAGAGAAGGAAAGAUUCGGGUGAAACUCUCAUCAAAAGGGACCCAACGUUGCCUCCAAGAAACUACACCAGGCCCCAGUCAACCGGGCCACCGGAGAUGCCACUAAGGCCGGCCAGACCUCCAGCACCAAGACCAACAAGUGAUGGAAGCUCGUAUCAACAAGUCAAUAAACCAGUUGUAGCAGUGAAACCAAGGCUGUCGCAGAAGGCUGAAGUUCCAGAGUCAGACCUGUAUGAACCACUGGGAGACUACUAUGCAGAAGUUGGUGAUGUUAAACCAGCUGUUGAACCUGAGUACUCGGAGGCAGAGAUGCGGAUGCAGGCCUGGAAGCAGCAGGGACGAUCCGUGAAAGAGAAGGAGCUCGCUUCUGCCACCUUUGACCCCAACACGGAGGACUACCACGUGCCUGCCGUACCCAGCAAGUCGAAACCGCCACCGGUCGUGCCCAGAGCAAAGAAGAGAGUGGAUCACAUUUACGACGCACCGCCGGCCAUUGGGGAAGACAGCGAGGACUAUACAGAGCCAACGGAGAUGCACUCCGACAGGCCGCCAGGGUUUGAGGAUGAUGAAGGGGUUUACGAGGAUACGGAAGCGCUCACAAAGCCACCAGGCAAGCCAGCCAAAAAGGCGCCUGCCCCACCACCUCCUGUACCCCGACACGCUCCCAAAGCCAGGAAACCGGUUGUAGAAUCCCCGUACGAAGAGCCUCCAAGAGAAAUAACGGGAAUGAUAGCAAAGUUUAACAAGAUGCAGUCUGCAGACGAUGGUUCAUAUGAUAGUCUGAAUUUCAGUCCCGAAGGGAAGAAGAAUAAGCCAGUCGUGGCAGGGGAUGGCGAAUACGGUGCCCUGUACAGCACAGUUCCGUCUAAUUACCAGGAGGAGCCAGACGAGACCUAUGAUCGUUUGGAGAACGCAAUAUCGGGAACGUCAUUCAAGGACUCGGAGGGGCCAGUUUACCACGUACUAGAAGGGCCGUAUUCUCCUGUGGGGACAACGGAAAAACAUAUUUAUGACGAAGUGCCCACAGAGCAGUUCCAACCAAAUUAGUUUGAGGUAAACUAGACGGAAGAGUUUGGUGAAAUGUAUCAAACAAUUCUGCAGCUUCUUAUGACACUAAUUUACUAGGAAUACAUAUGCAUAUAG